AUGGGAUUUUUAGGCGUGUACAGAGCAGUUUACGAUUAUGAGCCGCGUGCCGAAGGCGAGCUGGCAAUCGCCGAGGGUGACGUGCUCUACGUCCUGGAGAAGAGCGAAGACGACGGAUGGUGGAAAGCCAAAAAGAAGGCUGGCGCUGAAGAUGAAGACGAACCAGUUGGUUUGGUACCAAAUAACUAUGUGGAAGAGGCCACGGUUGUCAGUCAUGCUCGCGCAAUUUAUGAAUAUACCCGCCAGACAGAUGAAGAACUAUCUUUUCCUGAAGAUGCGGUUUUACAGGUGUUCGACACUUCCGAUCUCGAUUGGAUACUCGUCGGCCUUGACGGCGAAUAUGGAUUCGUCCCAUCCAACUACAUUGAAAUGCAAGACGCAGGCACAACCCAAGAGUCUCCAAGCCCAGCCCCGCCGCCCGCGCCGCCCGCAUUGCCCGUAAGACCUCAAUCAGUCGUUGCACCGAAAGAAGCUCCUUCCGACUCGACCCUAUCGACUCCGGCCGCCGCUUUAGCUGGUGUCAUGCAGGGCAAGGCUAGGAAUUUGGGACACGCUCCAUCGACUCCACCUCCGUCUCAACCAGCAAGACAACAGCCUCAGUACGAUACCACUCAUCCAUCAGAGGAUGGUGAAGAUGACCCUGAACCUCCCUCGCCAGCGUUGCCCUCCCGCCCCCGGCAAAGAGGCACGAUUGACUAUGCCCCUGAGAGAGUAUCCUCUCGGCCUCAAGCACGCGAGCCCUCCCAGGUAGAGGAACCCUACCGGACGCCUGGGGGAUUUCAUAUGUACAAUAUCAAUGAAAUGGUGUCUGUUAUGGGUAAACGGAAGAAAAUGCCAACAACCUUGGGCAUUAACCUGGGCACGGGCACAAUCCUCAUUGCCCCUGAACGAGCUGAAGACGACCCUCCACAAGAAUGGACGGCAGACAAAAUGACGCAUUACUCGCGAGAAGGCAAGCAUGUCUUCAUGGAACUCGUCCGACCAAGCAAGAGCAUCGACUUCCAUGCCGGCGCCAAGGAUACGGCCGAGGAAAUUGUUGCUGCUCUGGGAGAACUUGCUGGUGCAGUACGCGCGGAGGGUUUGCGGGAGGUCAUUAUGGCUGGCUCGCAGCACAGGCAACGCAAGGGACAAGUUCUGUACGAUUUCAUGGCCCAAGGUGAUGACGAGGUUACUGUUGCGGCCGGCGAUGACGUUAUAGUCAUUGACGAUUCCAAGAGCGAAGAUUGGUGGCAAGUACGACGACUGAAAAACGGUAAAGAAGGCGUCGUACCCAGUAGCUAUAUUGAGAUAUCAGGAACGAUAUCUCCACCUCCCUCCAGCAAUUCUGCAACUGACUCCGCCAAAGCAACUGUAGAACAAAACCGGUUAGAGGAGAUCAGGUUAACCAAGGAGGCGAUAAAAGCAAGCAAGGAGCCUCAGCAGGUAGGACAUCAGCCUUCUAUCCCUGAUAGAGGUAGCAGCCUUAUGGUUGGAGAACAUGGUAGUAACUCGAAGAAACAGCGAGCCCGGCGCGAAAAUGGACGCAACGAGUCUGGCAGCCACCACAAGUCCAAGUCAAGACCUGAUUCGUCCAAGGUGAGGACGUGGACAGAUAGGUCAGGUUCUUUCAGUGUUGAGGCACAGUUUCUGGGCCUCAAAGAUGGGAAGAUUCACUUGCACAAAAUGAAUGGAGUCAAAAUCGCCGUUCCGAUUGCGAAGAUGUCACGCGAAGACCUGGAAUAUGUGGAAAACUCGACUGGCAUUUCCCUUGAUGACGAAAAACCGUUGGCGGACGUGAAAAGGGCCAAAUCGAGCGACAGAAGACCCACAGAAGUUGGUGCAUCAGUUGGCAAAACCUCUAAACCAGAGUAUGACUGGUUCCAAUUUUUUCUCUCUUGCGACGUUCCUGUCGGACUAUGCGAGCGAUAUGCUCAAGCCUUCACAAAGGAUUCCAUGGACGAAAGUGUUCUUCCCGACGUCAACGCUACUAUCCUUCGGACGCUUGGGCUUCGAGAAGGGGAUAUCAUCAAGGUCAUGCGCACAUUGGAUGCCAAGUUUGGCCGCGAGAGAAACGUCCAGGACAAUGACGGAAAUGCAGGGGGGUUGUUCUCCGGCCCAGGAGGCGCCCUUCGAAAUAAUACUAGGAAAGGCAGACCCGCGCCAACCGUCCAAACAAGUGAUGUUGUGGAUGCAGCGGCUUUCUCCAAGAAUGAUGCGAGGACUUCUGCUCAUCCCUCAGAAAAAUCAACGUCUCCCUCCGCGACGAGUCCAGCCAGGACCGGUUCGAAAACCAGUGGCUUUGAUGAUGAUGCCUGGGAUGUGAAGCCCACAGGCACUGCUACUCCGGCGUCGAAUGCAGACGAAUCAGCAAACCCUAGCGUGAAAUCGUCCACAACACAGCCCGCGCUGGUAGGCUCGAUGAAGGAGUUAUCGUUAUUGACAGAGCCCCUUCAACCCAGCAAACCGGAAACGACACCAUCGACUGAGCCGCGCUCAACGGCCGAGCAAUCAGAGAGCCCACCCGUACAGCAACGACUUGGUGCGACUCCAUCGUUUUUCUCUUCGAUGCCCGCUUCAACCCAGCCCGCUCCCGUUGUCUCACAAGCUCCUUCUGCGACGUCUCCAAAGUCUCUCGCUAGGCAGCGGCCUGCACCGCCCUCCAUUUCACCGUCCCAGCCUUCUUUGGUGCCUCCUCCACCGCAACGGCCACUAUCAGCACCUCAGUCGGCACAAUCGGCCGUCUUUGCGCCUCCAGCAUUGGCACCCCAAAUUACUGGCUCUGUACAAGGCCAGGUGGCUCCUCUGGGCCAAAGCCUCAACGACAUUACCCAAGCCAGGCUGCAGCAACAGUAUAACACCCAAUUUCAACAACUCCAACCUUCAAUGACGGGCUAUGUUGGCGUCCAGCCCCAAAGCGUGGCAUCCUUCCCCAGUGCCAUUCCCGGACCGCAGCAAUAUCUCCAUCCAAUGAUGACAGGUGUAACAGCGGGGAGCCCCUUCACAGAUCCUAAUCGGCCUGGUCAGUUCUCGCCCAUUCAGGCUCAGCAAACAGGAUACCCAGCAUCAUUCCAAUCUUCAGUUCCAGGAUUUCCUCAGGGCAUAACUGCAACUGGUAACGUAAAUAGCUUUUUGCCCCAGGCAUUAGAGCCGCAGCGUACUGGUGUCCAGAGCUUCCAGCCCCAACAGACUCCUAUGACAGGCAGCAACAGCUUCGUUCAACCUUUACAGCCACAGAAGACUGGACCCCCGCCCCCAGUGCGCUUUGGAAUUGCAGCAGAUUCGAAAAAGCUUACUCCUCAACAAACUGGUAGACGAGCUAAUUUAUCCCAGGCAACACCCGAUAAUCCUUUUGGGUUUUAA